CGCGGUGGAUGAUUCCUCGUUUUUAGGAGCCACACAUUUUGGCGAUCCUGCCGGACUGCUGAUUUUAUAGCAGGAAAUUCGUUUUUACUAAGGAAUCACCCACAGCGCAAGUAAGUAAAUACGUGUGUGUUAUAAAUGUGAAGUGUUGUGAAGAGAUCGUAUAUAAAACAUUAACGAAAGGAAUGGCUGCCGACCAGCCGUGUUUGUCCCCUGGAUUGUUAGCAAUCACUGGGAUUCGAGUUGAGAUGCCACGCAGCUACCAAAGGAAAACGAAUCGAGGGAGUUGGUCCCAGGAGAACCUCACCCUUGCAAAAGAGGCUAUUGCUAGUGGAGUUUCUAUUAAACGUGCUUCCGCGAUUUUUGGAAUACCCAGGUCUACAUUACAUGAUCACGUUUUUCAGAAGGUGGUAAGCUCGAAACUAGGACCAAAAGAGACCGUAUUUACGGUGGAGCAGGAAGCGGAGAUCAUAAUUAACCUACUUGACCUAGAAAACCGAUAGAAAGCAAGAAAUGGGUUCAUGAGACAUGCUACACGGAUUUCGAUAUGACGUGCAUUUUUUGUUCUUAAGUUG